CCCCACAUCUCCUGUCUGUCCGGGGUCAGGAAUAGCCGGGCCUAUCAGCGCUCUCACCCUUUCCAGUCCUGCCUGCUCUUUCUGCUCUCCGUCUCAUUGCUUACUCCCAACUUUUAAAGUUGAACUAGUUUUGAAUCAGACCUCCGGAGAAAAACUGGAUUUGUGGAUUUACUUCACUAACAGCCCAUGACAGCGGAUCAGCCAACAUGGCAUUCUCAUCUCGUUUUUCCUUCUGGGAGCAAAAGGUCAAAGAGGAGAACAAGCCAGACAGCAAAAAUUCAGAUAGUGAUGGGCUGUCCAACCGGGCCAAGUCUGUGUCUGCUCUCGACCCUGGAAGGGGAUUAUACCGGGCGUUGAGCCCCCCAGCUGUUGCUUCUUCUGAAAUGGUUGGUCGAGUCAGGAGUCCCUCGCCACCUAAAGUCAGAACACCUGUUACAGUUCCAGAACGCUUCAAAAGCUUUGAGCCGUCAUCAUCAUCAUCAUCAUCAUCAUCAUCAAAAAUGGCGGAGCGACUCCAGAGUCCCGAAGCAAGACAUAAUUCUGUGCGUCCAAACCUAGUUACGAAUGGUGAACCAGAACAAAAUGGUGUGGAUAAAAGCACACUCAAUGGCAUUGCCAAAGGAAAUAGCCCAGCACCAUGCGUCAGCUUGCCGGACUCUGGAGAUGAUCAAGGUCUGACUCGCAAGAAAGUAGUGAAGGUAGUACGUCGUGUUGUCAGGAAAGUCCUGCCCUCUGGGGCGGAGGAAACAACUGCACCAGGACAUGCGUUGGAAAUUCCCGAAGUAGCCAGAAAUGGUACUGCUCCAGCUUCUGUGUCCAAGGGCCCUUUGAUGUCUGCAUUCUCUUUUAAACACGAAACGAUCAAAACGGAAGACAAAGACGACAUUUCUCGGGGGUUGACCAACUUGAUGGUGAGAGGUAGGACAAGGGAGCCUCGAUCAAAGAUACGCAAGGAUCACCAUCAGGAAACAAAAGAAUCGAAGAAUGAAAACAAGGAGCGCAAACAAGCUGAGACCAAAGAAGAGGCGAAAGAGGAUACAAUCUCCCCAAAGUCACAAGAGGGCAAUCUAUAUCCUCCAGUCCAAUCUCCAUUAGUGCCUGUGACUGAAACAGGCAUGCAGUCUGCUAAAUCUGUUCCGGCGCCACAUUUUACCAAAUCCUCCCAUUCCAGACCGACAUCUUUGCCACGGGUUGUUGGCUUUAUCCCAGCGCCCAAGCCUACGUCUUUAUGUCCGCCUACAGGCUUUAUACCUGUAACCAGACCAACAACACCUAUAAAAUCCAUCUCUACCACCGCAGCAAUUGCAGCAGUCCGAACAAAGACCUUGCUACAGCCCGAAUGUCAUUCUAUCUCAAACAAUCCGCCCCCUGAAGUGAACCUUCCUCAUCAAAUUUCCAGCUCAGGUCCACUGCCUCCUGCACCAGAAAUCAGUCCUGUUCAUCACCCUGCUGUCAGAAAACAAGAGGAGACACCGAUCAGUCACACUGAGGAGGCUCAAAAACGGCUAAUGAGGAUCUUCAGUACCCCUGGAUCCGUGGAAGAGGACCCUAUAGCCCUCCUUCAGGCGUCUCAUGCUACUUCUAAGCAGUCCCAGGUCAAGACGGAGGAGCAGAUAGCAGCAGAGCAGGCUUGGUAUGGCUCUGAAAAAGUCUGGCUGGUCCAUAAGGAGGGAUUCUCCCUGGCAACGGUGGUCAAGACAGAGCCAGGCUCCCUGCUAGAAGGCAAGGUGAAAAUCAAACUAGAGCACGAUGGGACAAUACUGGAAGUGGAUGAGGAUGAUAUCGAAAAGGCCAACCCUCCAUCAUACGAUCGGUCAGAGGAUCUGGCUUCGCUGCUCUAUCUUAAUGAAUCCAGUGUGAUGCAUUGCUUGCGGCAGCGUUAUGGAGGAAACCUCAUCCACUCCUAUGCCGGAUCCAACAUGGUGGUCAUAAACCCUGUCAGCUCAGCCUCCAUGUAUUCAGAAAAGGUGAUGCAUAUGUUUAAAGGGUGUCGGCGCGAAGACUCGGCUCCCCAUAUCUACUCUGUGGCCCAGUCGGCCUACCGUAAUCUUCUCACCACAAGGCAGGACCAGUCAAUUGUUCUACUAGGAAAGUCUGGCAGUGGCAAAACCACCAACUGCCAGCACCUUGUCCAAUAUUUGGUCUCUAUUGCUGGCAGUACAGGCAAAAUCUUUUCUGCGGAGAAGUGGCAAGCAGUCUACACAAUCCUUGAGGCUUUCGGUAACACUUCCACCUCUAUGAACGCCAAUGCCAGUCGCUUCUCGCAUGUGGUGUCGCUUGACUUUGAUCAAGCUGGACAAGUGGCAUCUGCAUCCAUUCAGACAAUGUUGCUGGAGAAAAUGAGGGUGAGCAGACGACCAGAGAACGAAUCGACCUUCAACGUUUUCUAUUACAUGAUGUCUGGGGCUGACAGCACCCUGAGAACUGAGCUACACUUUAACCAUCUGGCUGAGAACAGCACUUUUGGCAUCAUUCCACAGUCAAAGCCCGAGGAUAAACAGCGAGCAUCCCAGCAGUUUACUAAGCUGCAGGCAGCUAUGAAGGUGCUGGGCAUUUCUCCUGAAGAGCAGAAGGCUCUCUGGCUUAUCUUGGGAGCCAUUUACCACCUGGGGGCUGCUGGAGCAACUAAAGAUGGAGAUGAAGCUGGACGCAGGCAGUUUGCCCGUCAUGAAUGGGCCCAGAAGGCAGCAUACCUUCUCGGAUGCACCUUAGAGGAGCUGUCUUCUUCGAUCUUCAAGAACCAGGCCAAAGGCAUGAAGCACUCCACCUCAUUCAGAGGGGGACCAGAUGAAAAUAGCCAAGGUGACUCAGCCCCGAAGAUCACGGCCCUGGAGUGCUUAGAGGCAAUGGCUUCAGGACUCUACGCAGAACUCUUCACUCUGGUGAUAUCCCUCAUAAACAGAGCGCUGAAGUCCAGCCAACACUCUUUGUGCUCCCUUCUGAUCGUGGACACUCCAGGUUUCCAGAACCCACUUCUUGCUCAGCAGCAGCGAGGAGCUACGUUUGAGGAGCUUUGUCAUAACUACACCCAAGAGCGGCUUCAGACUUUGUUCCAUGAACGAACCUUUGUCCAAGAAAUGGAGCGAUACAAAGAGGAAAACAUAGAACUUGCUUUAGAUGACAUAGAAUCCAGUCCUUCAGUGUCUGUAGCAGCUAUCGACCAAGCAUCAGCUCAAGCUCUGGUUCGUACUCUGGCCAGGACAGAUGAAGCCCGUGGCCUUCUCUGGCUGAUGGAAGAAGAGGCAGUUAAUCCUCGCGGUUCAGAGGAGACUAUGCUGGAAAGGCUCUUUAAUUACUAUGGCUCAACAGAGGGAGAACGGAAAGGAAACAGUUUGUUGCUGCGAGGACAGAAACCCCAUCUCUUUCUGUUGGGCCACAGUCAUGGAACGGACUGGGUGGAGUAUAAUACCCAAGGCUGGCUUAGCCAUGCCAAGCAUAACCCUGCUGCCCAGAACGCGGCGACUCUGCUGCAAGACUCCCAAAAGAAAAACAUCAGCGGGUUGUUUAUGAGCCGAGCAAGUGGGGCGACGGUGUUAUCAGGCUCCAUUGCUGGUCUGGAAGGAAGCUCACAACUAGCACUGCGACGGGCCACUAGCAUGAGGAAGACCUUCACUACAGGUGUAGCUGCUGUCAAGAAGAAGAGUUUGUGUAUUCAGGUCAAACUUCAAGUGGAUGCCCUGAUUGACAUGGUGCGUCGCUCCAAAGUCCAUUUUGUCCAUUGCCUGCUGCCCAAAGCUGAGGCAGUGGUGGGAGGAAACGAGCUGCGUGUUACACAUGCAGAGAGUGCCGAUUCAGGCCUCAUGACGUUGGAUGUGGGUCUUCUCAGAGCUCAGCUCCGAGGAUCGAAACUGCUUGAUGCGCUGCGCAUCUACAGACAAGGAUACCCAGACCACAUGGUCUUCUCUGAGUUCCGAAGGCGUUUUGAUGUCCUGGCACCACAUUUGACCAAGAAGCAUGGCCGUCACUACAUUGUGACUGAUGAGAAGAGGGCAGUGGAGGAAUUGCUGGAGUCCUUGGAUUUGGAGAAAAGCAACUACCACAUGGGACUGAGCAAGGUUUUCUUCAGAGCAGGGACUCUGUCAAGGCUUGAGGAGCAGCGAGUGGUUCAGACCAGAAGAAAUAUCUCUCUGUUCCAGGGUGCAUGCAGGGGCUAUUUGGCCAGGCAAGCUUUCAAAAAGAGGAAGAUCCAGGAUUUAGCAAUCCGUUGUAUCCAGAAAAACAUCAAAAAGAACCGUGGGGUCAAAGACUGGCCAUGGUGGAAGCUUUUCACGACAGUCAGACCUCUAAUUGAGGUGCAACUCACUGAAGAACAAAUCCGUGGAAAAGAUGAAGAGAUCCUUCAGCUGAAACAAAAGCUGGAGAAGGUUGAGAAAGAAAGGAAUGAACUGAGACUCAACAGUGACCGUCUUGAGAGCAGGAUCACUGAGCUGUCAUCAGAGUUGACUGAUGAGCGCAAUACAGGGGAGUCGGCCUCCCAGCUCCUGGAAACUGAAACAUCUGAGCGACUCCGUCUUGAGAAGGACAUGAAGGACCUGCAGGCCCAGUUUGACAACAUGAAGAAACAGAUGGAAUCCAUGGAGAUGGAAGUGAUGGAGGCUCGUCUCAUCAGGGCCUCUGAACUCAAUGGAGUGCUGGAUGAUGACGAAUCAGGGGGGGAGUGGAGGCUGAAGUAUGAAAGAGCCAUCAGAGAAAUUGAGUUUACCAAGAAGCGACUGCAGCAGGAGUUUGAUGACAAGCUGGAAGUAGAGCAGCAGAACAAACGACAGCUGGAGAGGAGGAUCAGCGACCUACAAGCAGAUAAUGAAGAAUCGCAACGAAAUAUCCAGCAGCUAAAGAAAAAAGCGCAGAGACUCACGGCCGAACUGCAGGACACCAAACUUCACCUGGAGGGCCAACAGAGCCGUAACCAUGAUCUGGAGAAGAAGCAGAGGAAGUUUGACAGCGAGCUUAGUGCAGCCCAGGAUGAGGUCCAGAGGGAAAAGACCUUCAGAGAGAAACUGGCCAGAGAGAAAGACAUGCUGACUGGAGAGGUCUUCAGUCUAAAACAACAGGUUGAGGACAAGGACCUGGAGGUGUGUGCAGUCAAUCUUAAAUUGGACCAGCUCGAGGCUGAGCUGCAGGAUCUCAACUCGCAAGAGUCCAAGGAUGAAGCAUCACUAGCCAAGGUGAGAAAGCAGUUACGUGACAUGGAGGCAAAGGUGAAGGACCAGGAGGAGGAGCUUGAUGAGCAAGCAGGAACCAUCCAGAUGUUGGAACAGGCUAAAUUACGUCUUGAGAUGGAGAUGGAACGUUUGCGCCACACCCAUUCCAAGGAUAUAGAGAGCAAAGAUGAUGAGGUUGAGGAAAUCAGACAGUCAUGCAGCAAGAAGUUAAAACAAAUGGAAGUUCAGCUUGAGGAAGAGUAUGAUGAGAAGCAGAAGGUUCUCAAAGAGAAACGAGAGAUGGAGUCAAAGUUCCUAUCAGCCCAGGACAAGGUGAGAAGUGGUGACAGUGAGACUGAGAAGCGUCUGAGGAAAGACCUGAAGAGGACCAAGACUUUGCUGGCUGAUGCUCAGAUCAUGUUAGACCACAUCAAGAACAACGCACCCAGCAAGCGAGAGAUAGCGCAGCUAAAGAACCAGCUGGAAGAGUCCGAAUUCACUUGUGCUGCUGCUGUCAAAUCCCGUAAAUGCAUGGAGGUGGAGAUCGAAGAUCUGCAUGUUCAAAUGGAGGACAUCUCCAAAACAAAACAGGCGCUGGAGGAACAGCUGAGUCGUCUUCAAAGGGAAAAGAAUGACUUGCAGACAAGAAUGGAGGAAGACCAGGAAGAUUUGAAUGAGCUUAUGAAGAAGCACAAGGCUGCUGUGGCUCAGUCUGCCCAGAACCUGGCUCAGAUCAGUGACCUACAAGCACAGUUGGAGGAGGCUCUCAAAGAGAAGCAGGAAGUGCAUGAGACAAUGCAAGUCCUCCAGAGUCAACUAGACUUCCAGGAGCAGUCCAUGGUGGAGAAAUCCCUUGUGAGCCGACAGGAGGCCAAGAUCCGGGAACUUGAAACUAAACUGGAGUUUGAGAAGACCCAGGUCAAACGCCUGGAGAACCUUGUAGCACGUCUCAAAGAAAAUUUGGAAAAACUGACCGAGGAUCGAGACCAACGCAGCAGUAGCGAGAUCCGGGAGAAAGAACAGAGCAAACGAUUGCUGAGACAGAUUCGCGACAUGAAAGAAGAGAUGGGCGAACUCGCCAAAAAGGAAGGAGAGGCCAGCCGCAAAAAGCAUGAGCUGGAAAUGGACAUUGAGAGCUUGGAGGCUGCAAAUCAGAGCCUGCAAGCAGACCUCAAGCUAGCCUUUAAAAGGAUAGGUGACCUCCAGGCUGCCAUUGAGGAUGAGAUGGAAAGCGAUGACAAUGAAGACCUUAUCAAUAGUUUACAAGACAUGGUGACAAAGUAUCAGAAAAGAAAAAACAAAACUCAAGGGGAUUCAGACACUGACUCUGAGGUGGAGGGUCGUGUGGAUGGGGUGAAAUCCUGGUUAUCCAAAAGUAAAGGAUCCGCCAAGAAUUUUUCAGAUGAUGGCAGCCUGAAGAGCUCAAGAUUUGCUGUAAACUUAGAUGGAAAAGAAGGGAAAGAAAGGUCAGAUGAUAAGGAAUGGAAAGAGGCAAAUAAAGAGUUCAAAGACGUCGAGACAACCCGGCCAUCAUCCGUGAUGAGCUCCCUCAGCUACAGGAAGCGUUCCAACCUCGGUUCUAAGGGGGACCAGCUCUUCAGUGUCCUAAAGGCAAAUGCGGAAUUGGAGGAUGAUCUGUCUUUCCAAAAGUCUAGAUCCAAAAGCACUGAUCUUCAAGAUGAUACCUAUUCAACUAGCUCCAGGAAGAAAUCAUUGGCCGUGGAUGACAUGGCCGACAGAGAAUCAGUUAUCUCCCAGCCUUACUCCGAUGCCAGCAGCCGGGCCAGGAAAGGCAUGGACAGCCGUUGGGGUGACAUCGACAAAGAAUCCACUCUUUCAUUCAUUCCACCAAGGCGGUCCUCGACUUGCCUUGGGUUAAGCCCAGAGAAUGAUGAUACGAAGUCUACCCGCAGCUUGGGUUUCUCGAACCCACUCGGACGUCAUCAAAGCACGUCACGCUUAGAUGAGCGUGGUGGGAGGCGAUCACAAUACGGCAGUGACCCCAGCAGCCCUUGUUUAAGCAAACGGUCCGGCGGUCGCAGUCCUGGUAGUGUCAGUCAAGCUGAUUCCCAUCUGUCACUCGCACGUAGCUGCCGUCUGAGUGAGUUUGAUCUUGAUAUGGAUGAUAGCAGAAGCGUGGCCUUCACUGAUAGGUCAUCUUACUGCCAUUCUUCCGCUGGACGCAGCAUUUCCAUGCCGCCGCCACAAGCUCGGUCAGCUGGAGAUCACGAUCUCAUCGAUAACGUGGAUAUCAAACCUGUCAGCCAUCGUAACUACCUUGACCCGGACCUGGAAAAAGCCAUCAAUGAAGUCUUGAGCUUCAAACCCAUUAAAUUCAAGCGCAGUAGCUUGGAGGACUCUGAAGGGGAGGAAGGUACAUCUAAAGAUAAUGCAGAUGAUAAAUUAACUGCUCAGAAGAGCACCGGAACUCGCUCCUGCACUAAUCUUCAACGCUCUGCAUCAGCUGUGAGCUGCAUAAGACCGUCUCGCAGCACCAGCAGCUGUAGUGGUCGCCGUAGCAAGAGCAAGGGCAAAGGUAAGAAGAAGCGAAGCCAUAGUUCAGAGUCUGAAAGUUCCAGUGACAAGCGUAGUCACAGGAGCAGCUCUCGAAGGUCCAAAAAGUCCAAUAAAAAGUCCAGGAAGAGGGAAAAAUCGCCUUCGUCUUCAUCAUCAUCAUCGUCGUCGUCAUCAGAUUCUGAAUCAGACUCCGGGUCAAGCUCGAGCGCCUCCACCAUCUCCUACCGCAGCUCUAGCAGUGUGAAGAGAGCCCCAUCGCAGAAGGUUGUUGUCAACCCAGAAGAGGAAAUGGAGGAUGGGCCCCAAAGUGAGUGCCGCCCCCUCAGCAAAAAGAAUGACAAGAAGAGGAGGAAGAAGGUGGACAGCCUGAUGAUGAAGUACUUGUAUCGACCGGAUAGCGAUUGAAGCAGGCACCCCCCCGGCAGGAGACGCUACGGCUUCAGAUCCGACGAAGAGGAGGAAGACGAAAAAGACGACACUGCCCAGGGAUCUCUGUACACUUCUUGAUCCAGAUAUAGCAAUCAACUAAAGAAUGUUGGUGACGUUGAGCCUUUCGAGCCGGGAUCUUAGUUUGUGCCGCGUUCAGCACCACUUUCCGAAACGCAGCUUCAGCCACUUAUUGUCUUGCAUGCGAAGAUGACCUCAUUGGCGGUUGUUCAUGGACACUGACAGUUGAUCAAUUCAGUGAAAUUCACUUUUGCUGUCAGUCAAAGCUCACGGUCCUCACAGUUGAGCUUAAUCACCACCAAACUGGUUGCUUGGCAUUGCCAUAAAAAGUCCCAUCUCGGAUGUAACUGAGCCAAAGAGUUUAGGAUUGCCCCUGAGAUGAGAUUGUUUCCUUACAAAAAAAAAAUCUUUGUGUAUUUUCUUUGCAUAUUGUAGACUAGUAAUUUGUUUUGCCAUCGCACCAUGUACUGCCAAAAAGCUUUUUAUUCCAUGUAGACAGUUCUGUUGCCAAUUGAAACGGAAUCCUGGAAAAAGCCUGACAAAUACUUCUUUAGUCUUUUCUGGGACAAGUGCUCUCUUUUCUGCUAUGUAUGCAGUUGGGCGGCGUUGUGGGCUGUUGCGCCGCGCCCUGAAGACGCUCUCGUCGUCACACUUUGGAACCCUUUUGCUGGCUAACGAUCCGGUUUUUACAAGUGAAACGAAUUGCAUCGGGAACUCUCAAGGAAAGUCGGGAGGCUGUCAAAUUCAUUCUCUUUUGGGGUUUUGUUUUUGGAGAAGCACACAAGCAAGAUCAUAUCCUGCGCAUGCUUUUGUUUUUUUGAACUCACAGGGUUAUUUCAGGUACUUGGAAUAUCCCAUGCUAGCUUUAUCACUUAUUUUAUUUUCGAUGAGAUGUGCUUUUCCUGACCAAAAGGAAUUUACCGCGAGUUGAUAUUCGUCACUAUUCCUAUUUGUUUCUUAUCGUCCCCUCAAUAUUAUAUUCUUAUAAUUAUUAAAUAUAAAGCAAAUGUCCAUUCACCACAACCUCUUCAAAUUGCCAGCAUUUUUAGUGAUGAACGACCAAAGCCGAUAAUGAGGAUAAAAUAAAUAAUCAAUACACGGACGGGUUCAUGGUUCUCACAAUUUUGACUUAGACAAUUCUUUUGAAACAGUCGUCAGCCUUCCAGGGUGGCCGUUUUGACAUUUUCUUCAAGGCAGGGGCAUUUGAUUCAAUGCCAGAGCUGUUCCAAGAGAGCCAGCAUGUACUCCUUGUAAUGCCAAAACUUGCGUUUUCUGACGACUUUUGUGCCUGUCUUAUGACGCAACUGCUUACAAUUUUGGCAAUAGUACAAGUCGGAAAGUAUGUUAGGUCCUAUAAAGAGGCCGUGCCUACACAGCUUCGGUUGAAGCGGGCGAAAGGUCGCGAGACCUGUCUGUUUUGAUUAAAGCAUUCACACCCACAUAUAGUCAUGAGCGUGGAAGUUGCCCAAAGACCCACCGGGAUCAAUUAGUGCGUUGAUGUCUUAACAAUCCUGGGACAUUUUACCAUGCCGCGCCAAUCAAAUUUCGGAACCACGCAAGUGAAAUAUUUGACGCGGCAACUGUCACUGAUGAUGGGGAAUUCAUUCAGUUAAAAAAUAACCGCCGGAUUUCUUGUUGUUCAAUUGCACAAGUUAAAACGUUGGCGUUUGUGUUAUUGUGUUCUUCUUGUAGAUGUGUCAGGGCGACAUCUCAUUAAAUUAUGGUCAGCGAUGACUAUACUUCUGUACUAUACACCGACUCUUGUGUUUUGCUCGGUAGACACAUUUUGAGAAGUUACAAAAUUGUUGCCGAACUUGAUAUUAGAUCAUUGUAAUGAGGGCAAUUCCAAUGAAUUCAUUGAGUGCAACGCGGUCGUGGGAUUUGCUCACAAUAUAGGAAACAAUGUCGAGCCUUACCAAUGUUAUGGUUCGGUGUCCUUAGUAUGUCAAUUCACUUUAAUCCUCUGCUAAGUGUGUUUUUAGGUUUGUCUGGCAAGUUGUUUCCAAUUUUUGCUAAACAGGAAGCAACACUGGAAGCAGCAUCAUGUCGCAUUCAUGUGUAGGAUUCCCUUGUUGGUGAUUUCUCUGAAAUGUGCACAGCAGCAGCAGUCCACAUAAAACCUCAAAUGACAUUUGGGGCUUGAAAAAACAAAAAAAAAACAGCGCAAAGGAAGUUGAGGUUGUCGAAAUCCUUUUUUGUUAGCUGAUGCCCUUGUUUUUUUUCUUUCUGCAGACAACACGCAUUGAAAUGUUAUCGACUCAGAUACAAGUAUCUGGCUGCAUCAGAACUUUACGGAAUGCACACACUAUUUAUAAAUACAGUCCAUGUGUAUGAUUUAUGUUAGCUUUGAAAAUAGUUUAUUUUCAUUAUUGAACAAAUUGACCUCUGAUAACAUUUUGCCUUACAGUUUAAUAUAUUGUAAAUAAACGAUGGUGAUUGUUUU